AUGACAUCCCCCUCUCACCGGCGCCUCCUAAAAGAAGCCUCCGAACUCGCCUCCCACCCCUCCCCACACUUCACCGCCCACCCCGUCUCCGACUCCAACCUCUACGACUGGCACUUCACCCUGGCCGGCCCGCCCCCUCCCUCCCCCUACGCCGGCGGCAUCUACCACGGCCGCAUCGUCCUUCCACCAACCUACCCACUGCGUCCGCCCUCCUUCCGCUUCCUCACCCCCUCCGGCCGCUUCGAGGUCAACCGCGAGAUCUGUCUCAGUAUCUCGGGCCACCAUGAGGAGACGUGGCAGCCUGCGUGGGGGAUCCGGACGGCGCUGCUUGCGCUGAGGAGUUUUAUGGAUGCGGAUGCGAAGGGGCAGGUGGGGGGGUUGGAUGUUGAUGUGGGUGUGAGGAGGCAGUAUGCGGCUGAGAGUCGGCGGUGGGUGUGUGAUGUUUGUGAGGGGGGGAGGAGCAAUGAGGAGGUACUGAUGGAGUGGAGGGAGGUGUGUCGUGCGAAGGGGGUGGAGGUUGAGGAGGAUGAAGUCCAGGGUACUACUCCAGAGAAAACUGAAGCAGGACCCGAACGAGAACCGGAGGAUACGAAUGCAAAGACAAAUACAAUUGCAAGUGCAGAGACGACGACUUCUCACCAGGAGUCGGAAUCAAUGCCGUCGAGGGAUGCUGCGCCGCAGCGGGUAGAGGCACAGGUACCGGUGCCAUCUGCGCCUGCAGAGGUAGCUGCACCUGCACCUGCACCAGCGCCAACACGCACGACUCCAGUCCAGACUACGACUACGACUACAACUACUUCUCGACCUACUAUAUCAGAUGCACCGUGGCUGGAUCGAGCCAUCCUGGGCGUUCUUGUUGCGUUGGCCUUUAUGAUUGUACGGCGGCUUGCAAAGUCGGAGGAGUUUUAG